AGGUAGGCGUGACGCGAUCCACCAGUAAGGUGCUUACCCGUGUUGAAGGGAAUAUUUCCCGUCUUUUCGUCACCUUAUUACCGCAGUCGGUGGAUUCUCGUCUACGUCAAUAUGUCUCUGACCCUGUCAGCCUGAGCUAAUGCUUAUCACGCACACCCUCGCCUAAACGCACGUGGUUGCCAGAGAGGUUGCUUGGUUGGGGUUGGCACUGCCUGGGAGACUUUCCUUUUUAGGGAGCAAUGGUGAUGGGAGGAUCGUGGUGACACUGUUGUAGCUCGGAGUCUAUUUUUCUAGCAGUCCUCUUAAGCUUAACUAUGUCACCCACCGCUGUUUUUGUCAGCUCUUUCACUCUACCCUUCAGGCACUUUACCAGUCUUUCCUAGGGGGCCUCGGUCGCGCAGCGAUGACGAAAUAACUACGCGACGGAGAGCUCAAGGCGCCUUCUUGUUUCAAUGUCCGGGAGUUUCUACGCGAGGCUGCUUUCUCGGCUCCCGGCUGGUCCGCUGCGCUAUGGCGGCUCUGUUGCUCUUCGGAGCCGGCGCGGUGGACCAAGUCGGGCAGCCACAGCGGCAGUCUUCUUCUCUGCUUCCUCCGACGGGGACAGCAGCGGCACGGGGGUCAAAGCCCUAGACACUUCCCUGUUCGUCCCGCUCCCUGUGUCUUGUUCGCCGCCUGGUCCGGAGGGGGAUGUUGGAGCCGAGCUCACACAGCCGCUCAAUAAGAGUGAAGUCCUGAAAAUAUUAAAUAAAUUUUACAAGAGGAAAGAAAUACAAACACUGGGUGCAGAAAAUGGACUAGAUGCUCGACUGUUUCAUCAAGCAUUUAUAAGCUUUAGGAAAUACAUAAUGGAAUCUAGUUUCUUGAGUCCUGAUGUGCACAUUAUUCUAAAUGAUAUAUGCUGUGGUGCAGGGCACAUUGAUGACCUGUUUCCAUUUUUCAUGAGACAUGCUAAGAAGAUUUUUCCAAUGCUGGAGUGUAUGGAUGAUCUGCGUAAAAUCAGUGAUUUGAGAUUGCCACCCAACUGGUAUCAGGAAGCCAGGGCUAUCCAAAGAAAAAUUGUGUUUCAUGCUGGGCCUACCAAUAGUGGAAAAACCUACCAUGCCAUCCAGAGAUAUUUAGCAGCAAAAUCAGGAAUAUACUGUGGCCCUCUAAAGCUUCUGGCACAUGAGAUCUUCCAAAAGAGUAACAAUGCUAACGUGCCAUGUGACUUGGUAACUGGAGAAGAGCGGGUUUGUGUUGAUCCUGAAGGCAGAGCAGCCGCUCAUGUUGCCUGCACUAUUGAGAUGUGCAGUGUUACUACACCCUAUGAAGUUGCUGUGAUUGAUGAAAUUCAGAUGAUUAAGGAUCUUUCCAGGGGUUGGGCCUGGACACGAGCACUCUUGGGACUCUGUGCAGAAGAAAUCCAUGUUUGCGGUGAAGCUGCUGCUAUUGACUUUGUGACAGAGCUCAUGUAUACUACAGGGGAGGAGGUUGAGGUGAGAAACUACAAGAGGCUUACUCCUCUCAAGGUGUUGGAUGAGGCACUGGAGUCUCUAGACAAGCUUCGCCCUGGAGACUGCAUUGUCUGCUUCAGUAAGAACGAUAUUUAUUCAGUGAGCCGGCAAAUUGAAGCACGGGGUCUGGAAUGUGCCGUUAUAUAUGGAAGCCUGCCACCUGGAACAAAACUUACACAAGCAAAGAAAUUCAACGAUCCUGAUGAUCCGUGUAAAAUCAUGGUUGCCACAGAUGCAAUUGGAAUGGGACUCAAUUUGAGCAUAAAAAGAAUCAUUUUCAACUCUCUAAUUAAGCCAACUGUCAAUGAGAAGGGUGAGAAGGAAAUGGAUACAAUUACAACUUCUCAGGCUCUACAAAUUGCAGGCAGAGCGGGAAGAUUUAGCACUGUGUUCAAAGAAGGGGAAGUCACCACCAUGCAUCGAGAUGACCUUCCUUUGUUAAAGGAAAUAUUGAAUAAAUCUGUGGAACCCAUAGUGACUGCUGGCUUGCAUCCCACUGCUGAGCAGAUUGAAAUGUUUGCAUAUCAUCUUCCUGAUGCCACUCUAUCAAAUCUACUUGAUAUUUUUGUGAGUCUCUCUCAAGUUGAUGGCCUCUAUUUUGUCUGCAACGUUGAUGACUUCAAAUUUCUCGCUGACAUGAUUCAGCACAUUCCACUGAACUUGAGAGCAAGGUACGUGUUCUGCACAGCACCCAUCAACAAAAAGCAGCCUUACGUGUGCACCUCACUCUUAAAGUUUGCACGGCAGUUUAGUAGAAAUGAACCUCUGACUUUUGACUGGCUGUGCAGGCAUGUUAAUUGGCCCCUAAGCCCACCCAGGAACAUAAAGGACCUUGUGCAUCUUGAAGCUGUUCAUGAUGUCCUCGAUCUCUAUCUUUGGCUGAGCUACCGGUUUAUGGACAUGUUUCCAGAUGCUACCCUAGUGAGGGACAUACAGAAGGAGCUGGAUGACAUUAUACAAGUUGGGGUGCUUAACAUUACAAGACUGAUCAGAGCUUCACAGGCCACGUCGGGGUCUGUAGCUGUUCCAGAAGAUUUUCCUCUUCAGAGAGCCAGCAUUAGCGAUGGGAUGUUGAACGUAGAAGACCUCCCACAGGCUAACAGAGAGCCUUUCCGAAGUGAUGUGAGGAGCCAAGGGCUCCGAAGAGCAAGAGGAUCUAAAGCGCUGAGUUAUAGGCCUGCUGGAGCACAGCUGGGCCCCCAGGGCCGAGUCCAGGGUGCUCUGGCUGCUAGGCUGAUACAGCAGGGACUCCUUACCCAGGAUAUGCUGAAGCAGUUGGAGCAUGAGUGGCUAGCUCAUCGCAGCGGGAAUGCCAAUGAUUCUGCUGAAAAGACAGACCCAAACAAAGGGAAGAAGAGGAAGUAAAAUGCUAUGUUUUUGCAAAAUAAAGUUCUAUUUA